UGCGGUGCCGCGCGUUUGUAAGAACAUGUGUCGAGGCAUGAGUCUGCAAGCAAGGGAGAGAGUGUGUCAUUGAUGCUUUUUUCGCAAAUCGCUGAGGGGUUCUGUCUCAGAUCGCAAGGUUCGCAACGGCAAGGUUCGCAACGACCCAGAAAUCCGAUCUCUCCGGCAUCUACAAUGGAGAUCGAAGAAGAAGUCAGACGGGUCGUAGAGCAGGUUAAGGAGCUUCACGAUUUCGCCUCCUCUUUCAUCUCUUCCUCUUCCCAUGAGGAGCAGUCUCUCCGGCAGAGAUUCUCUGCUCUCGAUGGCUCCAUCCGCCGCCUCCAUUCCACCACCCUCUCCCUUCUCUCCGACAAGAGUCUGGAUCCUUCUCUCGCCGACAAGCUCGAGGGGGAUUUGCAGCGGGCGAGAUGCAUGCUCGCCAACGGAGACGCCUCCGCUUUUUUUCCCGCCAAACCUCAAGGGCGGUUCCUGAGGAUGUUUUUGGGUCCAGUGAAUGUCCGAGCCUUGCGUAAAGACAUCCAACUCAAAGUCAAAGAAGAAUAUAAUAGCUACAGAGACAGAACUGCUCUUCUUUUCCUUGUUUUCCCCGCUACCCUUUUGAUCCUUAGAUCAUGGUUGUGGGAGGGAUGCUUGCCUGCAUUCCCUGUUCAGUUGUACGAGGUCUGGUUGCUGUUCCUCUAUUCUGGUUUGGCUAUGCGAGAGAACAUACUGAGCGCCAAUGGGAGUGAUAUCCGUCCAUGGUGGAUUUAUCAUCAUUAUUUUUCCAUGAUUAUGACCAUUGUCAGCCUCACAUGGGAAAUCAAAGGACAACCAAACUGUGCCCAGAAGCAGAGAGGAGUCCAUCUUUUCCUGCAAUGGGCCAUGAUGCAAGGUGUGGCAAUGCUUCUGCAGAACAGAUACCAACGCCAAAGAUUGUACACUCGCAUUGCACUAGGAAAGGCUAAGAGGAUGGAUGUUGUAUGGGGAGAAACGGCUGGAGUUGAUGGACAAUUGUUGAUAUUAUGCCCUAUCUUGUUCAUUUUGCAGGGGUUCGAGGCAUAUGUGGGAAUGCUGUUGUUCAGGGCAGCAUUAUCCGGGGUAGUUGCUGAAUGGCAGGUGAUGUUCUGUGGAAUUCUUCUAGUUGUGAUGGCAGUUGGAAACUUCGUAAACACCGUAGAGACGCUGAUGGCUAAGUCAAGGUUCAAGGCAAAGAUGAGGAAAGGUAAAAGCAAACCAGAGUUUGUUCAGACAACUUCGUAACUCAUAGGAAGAUUAGUCUUCUCAUUACACUCAGCUUCCUUCAUACUCGUUCUUGGAUCCUUUCCCUUCCGCGUUUUUUUUUUGUCCAAAAUAGUUCACAGUUCUUUUUUUUUUAAAUGGUAAAUGGAAGUGGCAGUUGAUGAAUAUUGAUGGCGACUGUUGAGUACACAUUUCAACUGUUACAUUUGUGGGUUUCAGAAUCAGAGAACCUCAGGUGCCGCUGUUGUAAUAAUUUUUCCAUAGACACACCAA